AUGAAUCAUGUCAUCAUAUGUUUCCUUUUGCUAAUUCAUUAUGGUACAAGUGCGAUAGGUACAGAAGCGCCGGGAAAAAGUUCUGACAAUGUUAAUAACUCGUACGACGAAAACGAAAUUGAUGAAAAAUGGAGGUUAUACCAGUUGGAGACGAACCCAUUUAUAGAUUUGAGGCAUCCGAAUUUCAAUGGGGACUUCAUCAGAUGCAUCGACGAAUACUACGUUUACGAGACGAAAGAAUACAAUGCAUAUAAAAAGGAAAGAUAUAAGAAUAUAAAAAAUUACAAAACAUUUGAAAAGAAGCAAUUUAAUUGUGCUAUAAAUGUGUUAAUCCAUGGGAGACCAAAUUCAAGAAAUUCGAAUGAUUACAAAAUAUGGAGUGCAGGAGCGAAUAUAAACAAACACGAAGCCAUGUUACAGAAAAAAUACAGCAAGUAUAUUAUUUAUACCCCAUUUGUUAGCCUUUCAAAUGUUGUAGGCUCAGAGGGGCUAUACACACAUCUUAAUUACGCUUAUAUUUUGUCAAAUAGAAUGGCCAUAACGUUUAAAAACAUGCUGGAAGAUGAUACCUGUUAUAAUUACGAUGUUUUUAUCCAUUCGCAUUGUUACGGUGCCAAUGUAGUUCGAUUAAUUUUUACUUUAGAUAAUGAAAUCUGGAAAUUGGUGGAUAAGUCUUUGUUAAAUAUUUCAUAUGAGAGGGAAGUGCUAGCCAUUCUGGAAGACAAUUUCAAACUAACACUAAAGGAUAUUAAUAUAAUUACGGACAAAAGCAACAUACAGUAUAGGAACGAUCCAUAUUUUAAAAUUGACAAAUAUUAUUUGUAUAAAUCAUUUCAAGCCGCAAAUAAUAAAAAAAACACAAAGGAUGAUUUUGACGACAUAUUUAAUGACCAUAAUGUCAAGUAUGACGUUCUUCCCCAGGUUAGCACUAGUGCUGACCAAGGGGCAGGAAGCAAAAGCUCCAUCGACAAAUUGGUGACUCAACCAGGAACGAGUGGAGCACUAGUGAAAGGCAAAGAAGAAGAUGAAGAAGAUGAUGAUGAAGAAAAAGAGAAUGAAUUCGAGAAUGAUGAAAUUGUUUUCUCCCUGAAACCAAGAAAAUGGUCUAAAAAAAGAAAAAAAGCAUCGAAUAGAUGUUUGAAAAGAUUACACACCUACUUGCUAAAUAAAAAAAUUAACUUGUUAAGUAUAUCCUCUACGGCACCUCCCCUUGUCGGUAUUGUAUCCAACAUGGAAGACAUACGAGUGGGUCAUCAGAAGUUAUUGAAGUACAGAUUUAUGUUACAAAAUGUGCCUUCCUUUUUGAGAUCUAAACUGUUAAAAACAAGGGAUGCACAAGAAUUAUUACAUGUGGUGAAUCCAGGAUUAUUAUGCCUACUAGCUGUACAUGAAAAGCUUAAUUACAAUUAUGAAAAGGAUAUAGGUUCUUUAAUCACUCAUUUUAAAAAUGUGAAUUAUUACUCCGAUUUGGACAAUGAUGAACUUAUGAGUUUACACACCAGCUUAGGGUUACAUUCCCAAAUGUACAUGAGGUCUCUAAGCUACUACAUUUUGAACUUUAGAAAUGAGUACCACCACCGCACAUUUAGUGUCCCAGUCCACUUAUCAGAUAUUAACGUUUCAAACAAUUAUGCAUUCUUUGAGUAUAUAAAGAAGAAUAAUGUUUGUUCCCAAAUUAAGUAUAGCGCGUUGGAAAGAUUCGUGUCCUAUUUGAAUGAAAUUAUAAAUUAUGAUCAAAAACCACAGCCCUAUAUUCCUCAUAGGCAAGUGUACAAGAAUCCUUUCUUGUCACACUACAUCAUACCAUUUGUGCAAGAAAAUAAUGUAUAUACUCCUCACUCUAUAUUGGGUACGGGUAGGACAGCGCUCUUGUUGUACUCCUAUGAUAUAUACAAACAUAUGGCGAUGAACGGAUUUACCGAAAGGAAUGUGAUCAAAAAUGACAUGAACUUUUUGUACGAUGCGGAGCCAUUUAUAUACUACAACUGGUUAACUUAUGUAGGAAAUCAAAAUUAUAUUGAUGAGGAUAAUUUUAUGAAGGACUUCCACGUAUACUCAGGUAAUAUAAAUAUGAACCUGAUACAAAAUUUGUUUAACAUGUUUGUGUCAACAUAUUAUGUAAAAUUUUUUAUAUUUAGUAAAAAUAACACUGCGGAUGUUUAUCGUAGUUUGCACAGAACUCUCAAUAACUUUUCCUUACCCAUUAAUAAAGUGGUUCUGAGGAGACAGAAAGAGAAAAAAAUUAACUUCCCUUUACUUAAUACUGCCCAAUUGGAUCACGAGGAAAAUGUCAUAUAUGAAUAUAUGUGCAGAUAUACCAACUUUUUAAAAACUUUUUCCAACCUCAAUUCCUUCCAAUACAUUACAAACGAAAUAUACAUUCUUAACCAUAAGACUUUUAAAAAGUACCAAAGUGAUCGUAUUGGGAAAUUAAAAAAUGAAAUAAAAAAGGUACAAGAUUUUAUUCAAGAAAACAAAACCUUCAGCGAUAUGAAACAUAAACUCAGUGCCAUGUACAACAUUGAAAAUACAGCUAUUAGCAACGAACGCGAACUUGAAGUGAACGAAGAAGUAGGAGACCUCACCACAUUUGAUUCCGCUAACGUUACACUUGUGGAAAGCAAUGAUGAUAGCGCAAGCAAUGACAGCAUUCAAGAUAUAGAAAAAGCGUAUGUUACCUAUCAUGGUAUCUAUCUAAACAUUAGACGUACCAUGACUCUUAAUGAAGCCUUUCGAUCCAUUUCCAUGUACAACAACAUCUACGAAAAUAAACAGUAUGUGGAAUUUGUAAUUAAAGGAUCAGCGUAUAAUGAUGUGGAAGACUAUUUGAACAACCUGGACGAUGUAAACACCUGUCUGUUUGAGAAAAACGAAGAUAUCGAACUUAGCUUUAUUGCAAAAUUUUGCAAUUACGAUCAACAGGCCUAUUUCCGUAUAAAGAAAUUAUAUACCUCGAGAAAUGUAUACAGUUUGAGAUCCUUAAACCUCUGUAACUACCCAAAAUAUAGAUACCUCAAAUUAUGUGAAAAUGUGGACCUCCUCAAAAGGUUUUUCCAGAGCGAUUUAAAUGUUACUCUGUCCACAAUACACGAACGAGAGAAAAAAAGAAUGAUUGACAUGAGGGAUGCAAUCGAAAAAGAAAUAAACGACACGGAUAUACUCUCCAUUAGUAAUGAUUCUCUGGCGGCUGUUUUUCAUGAUAAAAAUGAAGACAUUAGCACCUUUAAAAUUAAUGCGUGCUUUAUCAUUCCAGAGAAACCCCUUAUUCAAAAUUUGUUUUCCAAUGAGCAGCAUGUGCAAUCUACAACAGAGAGCGCAGAAAUGGAAACUGUGGAAAAUGUGGGCGAUGACCGAGUAAGUGACAACCCUAAUGAUCUUAUGGCCAUGAAUGAGAGUCCUAGCAGCAUGGACACCAGCUUCAGUAACUUGGAUCGAGAUCCAGAUAGCACGUCCAGUACCGAUAGCCUUGAUAGCAUAGACAGCUACCACGUUGUUGGCAGUGAAGACGUCGUUGAAGCAGGGUACGAACUGGAGCGGGAGUUGGGCCUGGAUGACCAGACGGAAAUGAGCUUUGAUAGUGAAAGCGGAACGAACAAGGAAGGCGGAAAUGAAAGCGAAAUGAAGGAAAAGGAGAAGAGGGCAAGGCAACAGAAGGCAAGAGAGAAGAAGGAAAAACGCAAAAAGGAAAAGGAGAAAAAGGAAAUGGAGAAAAAAGAAAAGGAGAAAAAUGAGAACAGUUCGGCCCACAGUAGUACCGCACAAAAUCGCAGCAGCGAUAACGUCUUCUGCACAGAAGUGACGCUGCCAGUGCAGCUCAGAAGGGACACCUUAAAAAGCGCCCACGACAUCUACAUGCGGGCCAUUAGAAGCAUCAUGAAGAAUAAGAACUUCAGAAGCGCCUUCAACAUAAAUGAUGGGGAUGAACCCUACGAGUCUUUCAUUUACUUCUUUGACAAAUUCGCCUACGUCUACAACAAAAAAAAUAGCUAUGCGCGUACAGGUGACGUAAAGACGUUUAAUACUCCUCAAAAUAUUAAGUGGAACUACUUCUACUAUUUGUUAAAGUAUGGCUCGGGAACCAAGUACAACAAUGAAGUCUUUUUGCAAAACUUCUUCUAUGGCAAGAAAACAAAUCUGGUGAAACCACAGAAGGAUAAUAUUCUAAAGGAGUUCUUAGCCAACUUCACCGUCUUCUUUUAUCUCUUCAAGUUGGAUUAA